AUGUCGAUUCCAAAUGAAGCUUUGCACAAGCUUGCGCGUGAGAUCGAGGCGCAGGCCGUGGCAGCCCAGCAACAAAUUGGUCUUGCCCGAACCCAGAUAACGUCGAAGCAGCGUGAGCAGCGCCUAGUGCGGCUGACCCUCAGCGAACUGGGCGGCCUGCCCCAAGACGCUGUCAUAUAUCAAGGCGUCGGCAAGAUGUUUGCCCUGACGACUUUGCCAUCGCUGCGGCAAAAGCUGGAAUUUCAGACCAAAGACCUCGAGUCGGAUGUCGACAAACUCAACAAGCGGCUGGUGUACCUCGAGACGACGCACAAGAACAGCCGCGAGCACAUUGAGCAGAUGCUGCGCACACGCUGA